GCAGUCUUCCUGUGUUUUCGUUCAGAAAGCGAGUGGCCUCCUUGUGCGCUUUAUUUGUUAGCUUCUGUUUUAUGAAGUGCCAGACUCACGUCGAGGACUCCCUCACCUCGCAUCGGAGGCCUCGGAACAGGCCGGCGACAUCGGAGAAGCCCAGCUCUCAGCCCCGGAUUCACUCGGCCGCGUUCGGCCCAUCCCGGCGGCGAUAUGGACGAGUGUGAAUCGGCGACGAAGGAACUCGGCUUGGAGGAGGAGACGUCCGAUUCCGGAGCUGUUGUAGCGGGGGCGGGGGCGGAAUCGGAGACCGAGUCAGAGGCCGAAGUAACAGCAGUGACUGUAAUGGGGGAACGGGAUCACAUCGACAUGGCAGCCGAGUCGCUGCCGAACCCAGACGAGGCCGAAGCUGCUUUCGCAGAGGUGACAACAAUGACUGUUGGAAAUGUCCCUGGCAGCGGAGAGAACAUGUUCACCACAUCGGUGGCUAACGCAGCGUCCAUCUCUGAGCACGUCCUGGCUGGCAGAACAACUCUGCAACUCGGAGACCCCCUCAACGCCCAGAAGGCCACUCUGAUUGUGGUCCACACGGAUGGAAGCAUCGUGGACACCAGCAGUUUGAAGGGGCCAGCAACUCCUAUCACGCCAGGUCCACAGACACCAUCAACUCCUCUGACGCCCGGCCCGGAGAAAGAAGGCACAAAGUACAACUGGGACCCUUCAGUGUACGACAACGAGCUGCCAGUGCGGUGCCGGAAUAACAGCGGGAUGCUUUAUAAGAACCGUCUCGGCUCGGGUGGCAAGGGCCGGUGCAUCAAGCAUGGCAGUAACUGGUUCACCCCCACGGAGUUUGAAGGCAUGUCUGGUCGAGCCAGCAGCAAGGACUGGAAAAGGAGCAUCCGCUACGCCGGGAGACCCCUACAGUGCCUGAUUCAGGAAGGCAUUUUAAAUCCUCAUGCGGCCUCCUGUACCUGCGCAGCCUGCUGUGAUGACCUGUCACUGACUGGACCAGUAAGACUUUUCGUGCCUUACAAAAGGCGUAAAAAGGACAACGAGCAGCCAGCCACCCCAGAGAAGAAGGACGCGGAGUCCCCUAAGAACAUCACGCUGCUGCCAGCUUCAGCGGGCACUGCAUUUGCAGUGUCGCCGUCUGUGCAGAUCACAACUUCUGGAACGCUGACCUUCGACCGCGGCCCGGCAGCUGACACGGCGGCCAUGAUGUCCGAGAGCCCCGCGCAGGGAGACGUCUUCACGGGAGCGGCCGUGCUGACGUCUCUGCCGGCUCUGGCCAUGAACCCCUCGCUUCCCGGCAAGGACUCGUGUUCAAGUUCACUGAACGGGCUGGAAGUGACGGAGCAACGCCAUUGGCUGUACCUGGAGGAGGCGGUCAACUCCUUGAUCAGCACCGCCCAGCAGCUCAAGACGCUCAUCGAGCAGGCCAAGCAGGCCAGCCUGGCGUCCAGGGAAGCGGCGCUGAAGACGGACCCCGAGAGGAAAGAACAGAUGUGCGCCAACUGUGGCCGAGAAGCGAUAAACGAGUGCACCGGCUGCCACAAGGCCAACUACUGCUCCACGUUCUGCCAGCGAAAGGAUUGGAAGGAUCAUCAGCACAUCUGUGGACAUCAAGCCAUGUCGGUGACAGAGGAAGUUCACAUGCCGGACAUGGAGAUUGAAAAAGUGGUCUGACGAGCAGACGCAGAUGAGAAGCCAAGCCGCGCCACACCACGCCACGCGGGUAUAACGCACCUUCUGUGUGCAGGUGACAGGACGCCCCUUUUAUCCUCCAGGUGGUCUCGCCCUCGCCCUGGUGGGUGGCUUUCACUUCGCCGCUCCGUUAAGUUGGACUUUGGACUAAGCCGAGGUGCUUCAGUGGUCUCAGGCCGCACUCCUGGAACUCGUCUCAGACAUUGUGGGGUCCGCUGAGAUGGCCCUCGUUUUCAUGACGAUUCUGACGUCCCCCUUCUGCUCAAAGAUGAAUUCGGACCCCCUGAGUUGGGCUGUUUGUGACUUGCGUCUCUCUGACUGACUGCGCACACUAAAGUCUGAUGGACGUUUUAAACAAUUGAGUUUGUCAUUGAAUGGCCUCCUGUCCCCUUUGUGCUCAUCAAGUGACGUCACCUUCUACUUUCAUCUUUUUAGGGCUGCUUCUCGUUGCUCGAGUUGUUUCCCUGUGAUUUGACCCUGAAGAUGCCCUGGCGUGGUCUGCCUGGCGACCACAUUAUUGGGUUCU